GGCUGCGUCUCUGUCUGCGGGAUACCCUGCGUGCUGAGCCCACGUCCGUGGGGAGGAAGCACUGACUGAGGGGUUGGGGUGUGAAGGGCGCUGCUCCCCCAACACCUAAGAUGUUUGGGAUUUUCCAGAGGCUUUGGGGUUUGCUGUCAGACUAACGCUCCCCAACGCAGGACUCUCGACAGCUGUGAGUGGAGGAGUCGUUGUCCUAGGGCUCGGUAGGUUGGAGGACGUCUCCCAGAGACCCUGCCUCUGCAAACGUCCAGGGCUUGUCUCCUGGGAGGGCAUCUCGGGAACUGCAGGUUCCGGAGAAGAGGCCGCGAGAGCUAACGAAACCACUAGCCUGUCUGGCGUGCCUGGCUGUCUCUUCCCUCCCGGGUGUGGCUCCAGGAAUGAACUCCACGGGCAGAGCCGGAAGGGUCGCCCGGGCACCGCUUGGCCAAGCUAGACCUGGCUCUGGCUCAGGGGCGACCCUGGGUUUGUGCAGCAUAAGCACGGCGGGUGAAGUUGGCGCUCAGAGCUGUGUGCAUGUGUGGAAGGGGCAGAUCCGGAAAGGCGAGAGGGUCGUUGCAGGUCAGGCUGGAGGGGGUUGGCAGAGGCUGCUUGCAGGAAGCCAGCCCCUUUCCUGCCUGCACUGCCCAUGCCAGUGUGGCUUUGCUCCUCAGCUGUCGCUCCUGUUAACAUUUACACCCAGCGUGCGGCUGCCCUGCGGGCGUGGCGGGGGAGGAGCGCUCCUCGGCAUCGCUCCUGCCCGCGCUGUGCGUCCUCGGCUGCCCCUCUCCAGAAGGCCCCCAGCCCCCGGAGGCAGCGCGGAGGGUUAUCUGACCCACAUUCCAGACAGCUCAGUUGGCCCCAAUUCAUCUCUCAGGAGAAAUAAUUGCUGCUCUCGCUGGGCUGUUUUCCUCUUGCCUCCUCAGCUGGAUAGUUACCUGCCGCGGGAGUACUGGGAGACGCUGGAGGCCAGCUUGGGGUCCUCCCAGUUCAGCAAGGACUGCACCUGGCCUCAGCUCCUGCUGGUGCAGCUGGGCGUUCACAUGGUGGAGCUCCUCGUGCAAGUGAUCAAGGUACAGAGCAACAUCCUGAACCCCAGCUUGGAGGCGAAACUCAUCCCUGUCCUGUAUCACAUCUACUCCUUCCGCAACAGCCGGCAGAUCGGGUUUAUAAAGCCCCAUCCGAUCUUCACCCAGAUCCUGUCGAACGCCGCCGAGACCACGUUGACUUUCGACUCCUUUGUCAUGCCCAUGCUGUGCCCCCCGGUGCCAUGGACCGCGCCGCACUUCGGGGCCUACAUCCUCCUCCCCACCAAGCUGAUGCGCUGCGUGGAGGGGGCCAUCCAGCACCAGCUCCUGCUGGAGGAGUGUCCCCGCAGCAACCUGCACUCGGUCCUGGACGCCUUGAACCAGCUGGGCAACUGUCCCUGGAAGAUCAACCAGCCCGUGCUGGAUAUCAUCAUCACCAUCUUUAACGCCAAGGGCAGUGAGAAGCUGGACGUCCCGCCGCCCCUCUCGGAGGCCCCCAAGCCAUCCGUGGCCCUCCGCAUGGGGCCCAGCACUCCCUGGAGCAAGUCGUCCCUGAAACGCGAGCUGACGCAGUGCAGGAAGAAGACGGCGGAAAUGUACAGCCUGCGGACGGACGCCCUCUACAAGCUCUCCAUAGCCAACCACCUGAGGGAUAAGGUGUUCUGGUUCCCCCACAACAUGGACUUCCGGGGCAGGACUUACCCCUGCCCGCCCUACUUCAACCACUUGGGCAGCGACAUCACCCGGGCCAUUCUGCUGUUCGCGGAGGGAAAGCCACUGGGGGCGCGUGGCCUCGACUGGCUCAAGAUCCACCUCAUUAACCUGACGGGGCUGAAGAAGAAGAACUCUCUGCGGGAGCGGCUGGCCUACGCCAACGAGAUAAUGGAGGAGAUCCUGGACUCUGCUGACAACCCACUGACGGGCAGGAAGUGGUGGAUGGACACCGAUGAACCCUGGCAGGCCUUGGCGUGCUGCAUGGAGAUAGCCAAGGCUUUGAGAUCGCCGGACCCCACAGCCUACAUCUCGCACUUCCCCAUUCAUCAGGACGGCUCUUGCAACGGGCUGCAGCACUACGCCGCGCUGGGGCGUGACGUCAUCGGCGCCACCUCGGUCAACCUGAUGCCGUGCGACAGCCCCCAGGACGUGUACAGCGGAGUGGCCCAGCAGGUAGAAGAAUUCCGGAAGCGGGAUGCCCAGGAGGGCAUGAAGGUCGCCCAGGUCCUGGACGGCUUCAUCAGCCGCAAGGUGGUGAAGCAAACGGUGAUGACGGUGGUGUACGGCGUCACCAGGUACGGAGGGAGGCUGCAGAUCGAGAAGCGGCUCAAGGAGAUCAACGGUUUCCCACAGGAGUACGUCUGGGAGGCGUCGCAUUACCUCGUCCAGCAGGUGUUCAACAGCCUCAAGGAGAUGUUCUCAGGGACUCGAGAGAUCCAGAUCUGGCUGACGGAGAGUGCCCGGCUCAUCGCCAAGUCCGGGAACACGGUGGAGUGGGUCACCCCGCUGGGCCUCCCCAUCGUGCAGCCGUACCAUCGGGCCAAGUCCACAGUGCUGAACAGCACCAUGCAAACCCUGAGUCUGAACGUGCGAUUUGACGCCAGCCAGAAACCGGAUAUAGCGAAGCAGAAAAACGCCUUCCCGCCCAACUUCAUCCACUCGCUGGACUCCACGCACAUGAUGCUGACGGCACUGCACUGCCACAGACGGGGCCUGACGUUCGUCUCGGUCCACGACUGCUACUGGACCCACGCGCUGACUGUGGAUGUCAUGAACCAGGUGUGUCGAGAGCAGUUUGUGAUGUUGCACAGCCAGCCCAUCCUGGAGGAUCUGUCCCGGUUCAUGCUGCAGAAAUAUUGCACAGCCUGUCUGGCUGAGUGGAGGGAUAAGAAGUUCCUUGAACACAAGAGGCUGGUGGAGCUGCUGUCCAAGGUCCCUGAGACAGGCGACUUUGACCUGCAGAAGGUGAAGGAAUCUACGUAUUUCUUCAGCUGAAACGGACCCCGGGCAAGGCCCUGGACUGUCUAUCGAUCGCUGGCUAAUUGGACCAGAGGUGCCAGCCAGCCGAGUCCAGGGUGGGACCUGGCUCACAGCACCCCCAGCAGAGAACAAGGGGAGACUGUGUCCAGGACCUCGUCCUGGGGGCACAGCAGACAGCUGGCCCAGGGAAAUACCCCCAGGGGGUGCAUCGGCCUCUCUGCUUUGGAAACGGGCACUGCCUGGAGAGCAGGAGCAUGUGACUCCACUAGGAGGCAGGAUCUCUGCUUUCCCUUGUGCCAGGAGGGGCGUGGCGCUGUCUUUGUGUGGCUCUCGCCAGCCCAGCUCACCUGCUCCUCCCUCUGUGCUGAGGAACCUUGAGCUGGAGAUCACCGGCUGCUGGGGAUCGCCGACGCUGACCCAAAGACAAGGUUGCUUUGCUCACCGGGAGCCUCUGGCCCCAAACUGAGGUGGAAGGCAAGGGGCUGAUUGGGGACUGGCGUUCCCUGCGACCUCAGCCUCACACAGUUGGGUCUCAGCAAGGGGCCCGUUUGCUGCUGGUAACUCAGGUGCUCUAGGCCAAUCGACCAGGCCUCUCUUCCCCCUUCACUCACCCCCACUCACUACCCCAUGCGUCCGGGGAGGAGGGCAUCCUGCAGAUGGAGCCCUCCAGGCCUGGCUUUGAACACCGUCUGGGUCACCCCCGCCCACGCCAGGCCGGAGCGCUGUCGGUCUGUGCAGAGAAGGGGGCCGUGGGUCUAGGAUCACAGUGAGAGACUCUCUUCACUGGACUCCUGUGCUAGCAGCUCUAAUGGCGCCGUUGCGGGCUAGCCGAGCGUGCCUGGGGGAGCGAGCUGGAGAGCUCCUCCCGGAACAGCAGCAUCCUACAACCAAAGACCUCAGAGUGCUUUAGGAUUCUUGGCCAAUGAGCUGUUGAAUAACCACUUGCCUGGGGAACGAGAACCUGCCCGUCCCUGGCCUCUGCAGCUGCGUAGGACUUUGCUGGAGUUGGCCGGGGUGCGGCACUCAGCCCCUUGCUCCGUUUCCGUUCCUGUCCUCUAGCAGAGUGUGUGUGUGUGAGGGGGGGGGAUGUGCGCCUCCCCAGGGGAGUGGUUAUUCUGCACUGGGGCAGCCAGUCACUACUGGAAUCCAGAGGAACCUCCCGUCCUGAUUCACCCUCCCUGCUCCGCGGAGUCCUGUCACCGGGCGCUUUCCAGCGGUGUCUCGUUUUCUGGGAUAUUGAAGAUUCGGCUGCACAGUCUCCGGUGGGAUGGGUGUGUAACUGGAGCGGUGUGUGGAACACUGUACAUUAAAGCCCUUUGAAACGUC